AUGAAUGAAAGUCAGCCAUCAAGUCCUGGUUUUGACAGUCUAAGUUCAAUCUGCACAGUCGACAUAAUCAACAUGGAAAAAACUGACUUUCCUGUAAAAGUCAGUAAACAAAUAGACAAAAUAGAAUUAAUUAAAGUUGACAAAACAAAUGAAAGAAAAAGAAACCAAGAGCAGACGACUCAAAGUGUGCCAUCAAGUGUCAGUAAAAUCAGCACAAACUCAAGACGUACUGUAAACUGGUCGAUAGAAGAAAAAACUGACCUUCUUGUGAUGAUCAAUAAACAAAGAGACAUCAUAGAAUCAAAGAAAAAAGACAAAAAUACUAGAACCCAUAGACAAGAAGCCUGGGAAAAUAUCAAAUCACAAUUUAAAAGUCAGCAUCCCAAAUUUACACAUCUCAAAACACAAGGUAUUAUAGAACAAUACCAAAGGCUAAAAAGUCAGGUUAAAAAACUGCUGACACAACAAGACGUGUCUACAGUCAGUGGUGAGAUCAGUAUUGACAAGUCAAUAGUGAAACUCAUGUGUGAAAUAUGUCAGGAGGAGUUUAAAGAUUUCAUGCCUCUAUAUCAAGAUAAUGAAGAAAUGACAUCAGUAGAGCAUGACAAUAGAGAUACUGAUAUUCCAGAGAAUGAAAACAAUGAAGCGGAUUACAUAGAUGUCACCAAACAUCAGGAAAAUGCUGAAGUGAAAACAUUGGAAAUAGCAGAAGAGGACGACAUGGAAGUAACAGAACAUGAAAAUGAUAUGACUGAGCAACACAUUUACAGACAAGGUAUGAUUGUUAUUGAAAUUAUAUCCAGAUAA